GACCACCGAACGCACCGGUCAUCAGAGGUUUAGGGACUAGACGCUACAUAUCAAGAGUUCAGUUUGUUGUCUUUUUCUUUACCCUUCAGAUUUUACCACUUCUUCGAGUUUAUUUUUCAAAGUAAACUGGAGGAUUUCAUCCGGUAAACAGAACAGGCAGCUAGAUUUUCAAGUGUCGGUGUGAAGAAUAAAUAUUACCAUACUCUUCCUUGCCAACUUUUCGAACGAUAAAACGAACGGAAAAUUUCGCAACAACGACGAGUCAAAGAAAAUCAAAGCCACAAGAGGCGCCGGAGGGGGAAAAUUCGCGAUUCGAAACAAUGCUCGCAGCCUCGAUGUGCCGUGAGGUGCACUUCACGGUGUUACCACCGUCCCUGGUUUCCACGGUACCUCGAUGUCUUUUCGGCCAGCCGAACGCCAAGGAUACGGUCGAUCUUCUUCAGGAGGCGUUGGAGAUGGAAAGGGCAAAAUUUUCGAGAAGAUGGGGCGUCGAUCCGCGGUCCUCGGAGGACAAGGAGAACAAGUGCGGAGCAGCAAAAAGCAAGCCUAGGACCGGCAACAAAUCCCCGAGGAAGAGGUCUACCCCGUAUUCGCGGCAGACGAACAUCCACGACUUCUGGCGUUCGCGAAAGGCUUACGAUUCUAGCAGCAAGAAAAUUGUCUCCACUUCAUCGUCAUCCUCCUCGUCGUCGUCUGAUGACGUCGCCAAACAGACCAGCAACAACGCAGAAAUAUCAGGAUGCACCUCGACGUCAUCUUCGUAA